AUGAGAAAAGGGGACAUUUUAUUUCGUGUUGACAUUACCAUGACGUAUCGCGAGGAUGCACAUAUCACACGCAUAAGUUGUAUGCCGCAGCGCGUGUGCGACAAAGUUCCUCACAACAACAGUAAACCGAUCAUCAGGUGGUUCAGUGGCGGCGUCGUCGGUCUUUUGCCACGGAGGGCCGUGCGGUCGGGGGGUAGUGUCGGCCCUCAUCGUCGAACAAUGCACGCACGUGUAGCCAAUGAACGAGAUGGCGAUCAGUCCGGCGAACAGGUACGUGACCAGCGUCAGUGCCAGCAUGUAAGCCUCGACGCGCUCCAUCGUCCAUCAGGUACUUGGCCAUCUGCUCCCGGUAAAAUCCCAUAUAGGCCGGUGAUCGACGGUGCUUCCGAGCCAAAGUCGCAGUCGUCGUCGUCGUCGCUUCAGCGUGAACCGACUGCCUACUGGCUCAGGGCUGAGGUGAACCGUGCGACGGAUGGAUCAGGGCAAUCUCGCCAAGCGUUCAUCGGAUCAGCGACCAUGUGCGAACAACAGAAUUCGCAAAUCACUAGUCUCUGUUCUGUGGUGACCACCGACACGGGCGACGGCACUGGCUUAGGCGAUGCUACACGACCAACAGCAUGA